CGAAAGGGUUUGAGGAUGUCUGGCCGCGGUAAAACCGGAGGCAAGGCACGAGCGAAGGCGAAAUCCCGCUCUUCCAGAGCCGGGUUGCAGUUCCCUGUGGGUCGAGUUCAUCGGCUUCUACGCAAGGGCAAUUACGCCGAGCGGAUUGGAGGAGGGGCCCCGGUAUAUUUGGCUGCGGUGCUGGAGUACUUGAGCGCUGAGAUUCUGGAGCUCGCUGGCAACGCCGCGAGGGACAACAAGAAGAGUCGAAUCAUUCCGCGGCACUUGCAGUUGGCGGUGCGCAACGAUGAAGAAUUAAAUAAGCUGCUUGGGGGAGUUACGAUCGCCCAGGGAGGCGUCUUACCCAAUAUCCAUGCGGUUUUAUUGCCGAAGAAAACCGAAAUUCUGCAUAGCGCUAGUGCCAGCAAACCCACCACCAGCGUGAGCAAGUCUUCCAAAGUGCCCAAAGUCGCAGUCAAGCCGACGACCGCUCCCGUUGCUGUUCAGUGAAGACAAGAUAACCCUGCCCCGAGGGACAUACCGAGACCCAAAGGCUCUUUUCAGAGCCACCUACAGGCUUUUAGAAAGAGCUUUUCGCUGCACUAAACAUUCACAAAAAUUCAAGUGUAUAAGA